GUGCACAUGGUGGCAGACUACUUUGGUCUCCACAGGAAUGUGGACAAGGAGGAGGGCGAGGAGAAGAAGGCCACCAUGACCUUGCUCAAGGUGCCGGAGACGCGUAUCCCUGCCCGUACGCUGUCCGUCAUUUGCGCGGAGCUGGACGACGAGGACAGGCAGCCAGUUCAGUUGCAGAGGAAGGCAGCAGAAAGUGGAGGUGGCGACGACG